GCAGUUUGAAUCCAACAGUGUCCUUGCAGGCCCAUGUAAAUCCAACCAAGAUUUACCAACCCUGGAAAUUCUACAGACAAACUCCCUGAAACACGCGUCAGUAGGAACUGAACUGUGGAGACUGUUCUAGAAGGAAGAGAGAAAGGGUCAGCAGUCAGCACUCACACCGAUUAAGAAAGACUAGAAAGAAGUCAGAGACCGAUCGAGACGUCGGCCGCCUCUUUGUCUUCCUCCCACCGACCUCGCGAAGGCCAGAUGUGCUUCUUCUCCGGCGGUGUGCUUGGUUUCCUCCGCCGGACAGCAUCCUCGUCAGGAUGGCUGCUCAUGCUUCUGGUGGGGCCAGCGGUUCGACGGUGAAAGCCGGUUGCGAUGAUCCAGAGUCUACCAUUGAGAUCAAUAUCAAGACCCUGGAUGGGCAAGUGCACAAGCUCCGCGUCAAGAAGAAUGAGACUGUUUUGAACCUAAAGGAGAAGAUAGUUGAUGCAGCUGGGAUUCCUGUAGACAAGCAACUGUUGAUUUUUAGAGGAAGAAUCUUAAAUGAAGAUCACAACCUCUUGUCAGAAUACUAUUUGGAAGAUGGAUGUGCAUUGCAUUUGGUUGCUCGACGUACAACUGAGGGCCCACAUUCCUCUGUAGCUUCUAAAGAAAGCACUCAUGCUAAUGUUAAUGUUGCUGAAAAUGGAGGAAUGCUAGGAGAUUUGCAGAGGGAAUUGCUAGUUGAUUUGUACUCUGAGGGAGGUGACACGUUAAGGGAUAUUCUGGAUGUUCUGGAUAUUCUUGAUGUCUUAGGUCAUGGGACUCCUGAUGAUGUGGAAAUUGGAGCAUUCUCGGGGCCAUUAACCACUGCACCAGAAGGGGCUAAUGAUGUUGGAAGAACUCAGACAGGGAACCCAGCACAACCUAGGAUGGCUGGUGGUGAUGCUUCUGGUGGGGCCAGCGGUUCGACGGUGAAAGCUGGUUGCGGUGAUCCAGAAUCUACCAUUGAGAUCAAUAUCAAGACCAUGGAUGGGCAAGUGCGCAAGCUCCGUGUCAAGAAGAAUGAGACUGUUUUGAACCUAAAGGAGAAGAUAGCAGAUGCAGCUGGGAUUCCUGUUGACCAUCAACGGUUGAUUUUCAGAGGAAGAGUCUUGAAUGACAAUCACAGCCUCUUGUCGGAAUACUAUUUGGAAGAUGGAUAUACAUUGCAUUUAGUUGCUCGACUUACAACUGAGGGCCAACAUUCUUCUGGCACUUCUGAAGAAAGCACCCACGCUAAUGUUAAUGUUGCUGAAAAUGGAGGAGGAUAUUUGGGCAUGGAAUCAAUAGAUGAUUUGCGCUCUGAGGGGAUGAUAGGUGACUUGGCUAGGGAUAUUCUGAAUAUGCUUGACUUCAUUGGUCUUGGGAUGCCUGAUGAUGUGGAAAAUGGAGCAUUCUCGGUGCCAUCAACCAUUGCACCAGAAGGGGCUAAUAAUGCUGGAAGAACUCAGACAGGGAACCCAACGCAACCUAGGUUCUCAAUUCUCAACAAUCAAAUCCGCGUGCCACAAUUUCAACCAGGAGAGACUAUUCCCCGCAACAUGGUUAUUCCUGAUUCCAUGAUGACUCUUUUGGGGUACAUCAAUCGCAUGGACCAAGUAUUGCAGAACAAUGGUGUUCCAUCUGUGGACUCAAAUGCUCAGCAACAACAAAGAUCAGCUGAUGCUUAUUUAAACCAAAGAUUCCCAAGUCCUGAGGUGCUGGUUUCAGUAGUUGAAAGAGCCCAACAACUUCUUGGCGGCAGUGCUUCUUCCGCUCUUUCUCAUCUUGCACAACAUAUUCAGAGAGAUGCUGCUACUAGUGAUACAUCUAUACAGCAGAUCCAGAAUGAAUCAGCUCAGUUAGGAGUAGCAAUGCAGCAUUUGGGGGCUAUGCUUUUGGAGCUUGGAAGGACAAUGACGAUGCUUAGAAUGGGGACAUCUCCUGCCAAUGCUUUUGUAAAUGCUGGGUCUGCUAUUUAUAUAAACCCUGCAGGACCAAAUCCAAUCAUGGUUCAGCCAUCUUUCCAGAGUGCCCCUCGUUCUGGAGUUUCCAGCAUACCAGUUCUUGGUGCAAGUCCUGUUGUUAUUGUUGAUACUUCUCAAACAUCUGGUGCCAAUGAUGAUGGUGGAUCGUCAGAGCAAUAGGAUCAUUGGAACUGGCCGUCACCGUAGAGGCUCCACAUCUCUCUACUUCCUUGACAUCCUUCACCUUCCUUCAGCUUCCGCAUCAUCUGUGUUUCCUGCUAACAGCUCAACAUCAAGAAAGUUCUCUUUUGCCCAGUGGCACCACCGUUUAGAGUAAUCUUCACCAAGCCUGCGAACACACAUCGAGCAACCUGGUUCCCCUGAAGAUAUCUUUGGUGCUGUCCUUGAAAUUACGUGCUGCUCAAGCAGUCAAGCUUUUGGUGAAGACGAGAGCAUUCCGGUCAUGCUUGAAGAGCUUGCUAAUGAUCAAAGCUUGCCGAUGAGUACUGGAAACUUCUGCUCGAGCAAGUCAGCAAGAGGAUACAAUCAGAAUCUGAGACUGAGAAGCAGCCUUGAAGCAUGGCAUGAGGAGUGGGUUAUACAUUACAGCCGAUUUGGUGGAUAUAUGGGGCGUAAACCAUGUGUUCGGUCCCGUUCGUUCGCUCGUUGAACAGUACAUUUACUUUAAAACAAGGGCAUACAGAAGUCAGGCACCAUGUUGUGGAUUGGCUUAUGCACAUUGUUUGAGAAGCCAUCCGUGGAUCAUUUGUGGUGUUGACAUUUGUUCAUCAAUGUGAUGUUACUGUGGCAGAUCUGAGUCUGGGGCAGGAUGAUUUCUUUUUUAUGAACUGUUCUAGAUUUUUGUUUCAUGCUUCUUACACGAAGAUGGGAGGAGAUGAUCAUCGUGGAAGCGGAGCAGAUUGUCCGAUGUCAUGUCAAACUUAUAUUGGAACUGGCAUUAUGAGGGGUGUUAUGCAUUAUUAUUUCACAAGAGCGUGUUUCUUUUUUCCAUUGUAAGAAGAAAGAAGUUAUGGUUAGACAGACACUUGCUAAGUGCAAGCACCAAACAGCACAACAAACACGGGCGUCAUUCUUUCUUUCCCCUUGUCGCUCUACUAUUUGUAAGAAAAACAACUGAUGUUAACCCUAACCCACUGCUGUUGCCAGGGCUACUUGAAACUUGUGCUCGAACAAGUAGGCAGAGGAUACACUCUGAACCUGAUUCCAAGAAUGUAUUCAUUUACAUGAGAUUUGGAGCACGGUUCGCUCCCUGCACAGUAACUUCUGAAACAAGGAAAUGCAAUAACAAGAUUGGGAGUUGCUUCAAGAGGAAUACGACCUGAAGGAGAAUGUGAAGCACUGGAUCGACGCGUGGUUUGUUUGUUGAAGAGAACUGCAUGCUAAAAUUAAAGCAAUAAGUGCAUCAACUCCAAGGAGGAUUCACAUGUUCAUGAUUUAUGAAUGGACAAUAGAGCUCCUGCUUCCAUGCAUUCUCCCCGGAAGCGUUUUAUUGUCCCCUUAAUUUGUCAUUCAAAUUUGAUGCCCUGCCUGUGCCCCAAAUGGAUCCAGUGUAUAUUGGCCUGUAAUGGGAGCAGUGAAUUGAUCAUGGAAAGAUUUAAUUUACAGAUGUAACUAGAUGUCCGUUUCAUGGAUGGUAGACUGUAUAGAAUAUGCUAUGUACUUAUGCUGGUUCAGUAAGGAUUGGAUACACGUAUACCAUAA